AUGGCUCCUCAUCCACAUAUGCCCAUUCAGUGUGACCUUUUUACCUUCUAUGUUUUUCAAGACAUGGAAUCUCAAAAUGUGAUUGGGAGUGGCCAUGAGGCAAAUGGAAUAUACUUGUUGGACAUGCCUAGACAGAGUCAAGUAUCACCUCUAAGAGCAAUUUUUGGUUCAAAUGUGUUACAGUCAUGCAGUCGUAUUAUACAGUCUAACYAUACCUUGUUUGUGAAGAGAAGAGGCACUCAGGUUACCUUCCUCAUUGUUUAUGUUGAUGAUAAUAUAGUUAUAGGGAGUGAUACAGAGGAAGUUCAGGCACUCAAGACCUUCCUUAACUCAGAAUUUGAAAUUAAGGAUGUAGGAGAAUUAAGAUAUUUCUUGGGAAUCAAAGUUGCUAGGUCUAAAGAUGGCAUCUUUAUUUCCCAACUGAA